AUAGGCCUAAUUAAGACAAAGACAAAGUGCCUAAAGUUUGCACUUUGGUCAUUGUCAUUCAUUCUUUCCUCUCAAGAAACUUACUAAGCAAAUUAAUGGAGGGUCUAAUGGAUGAUGACCAGUUUAAGAUAUUGCCUGAAGGCUGUGUUUCUACAAUUCUUUCCUUCACAUCCCCACAAGAUGCAUGCAAGUCUUCAUUGGUUUCAACUAUAUUUCAAUCAGCUGCAGAUUCUGAUAUUGUCUGGGAAAGAUUUUUGCCUAUUGAUUAUCAAGAUAUAGUCUCAAAGUCCAAUGUCCCUUUCAAGUUUUCUUCAAAGAAAGAGCUUUUUCUUCAUCUUUGCAACUCUCUUCUCAUUGAUGGUGGUAGAAAGAGCUUCAGGAUAGAGAAAUCAUCAGGCAAGAAAUCCUUUAUACUUUCUGCAAGAGAUCUUCACAUAACAUGGAGCAAUGAACCACAAUAUUGGCACUGGGCUUCUCUACCAGAAUCAAGGUUCUCUGAAGUGGCCGUGCUCAGAACAAUGUCCUGGCUAGAGAUUGUAGGCAAGAUUGAGACACAAAUGCUAUCCCCAAACACUAAAUAUGGAGCAUAUCUUAUUCUAAAAAUCAGUGAACGUUCAUACGGGCUUGAUUCAAUGCCAUCAGAGGUAUCAGUUAAAGUGGGUAACAAUCAAGGAUCAACUACCACAGCCUAUUUACGUCUUGCCCAAGAACAUGCCAGGAAACAGCAAAUGGAGAGACUGUUUUACGGGAAUCGCACGGAGAGGUUAAAAUCAAGGGUGGCAGAAGGGGAUGGAAAAGUCGCAAGCGAAAGAGAAGAUGGAUGGUUGGAGAUUGAGCUGGGAGAGUUCUUUAGUGGUGAAAAUGACGAGGAAGUGAAGAUGAGUUUGAUGGAAGUAAAAGGUCAUCACUUGAAAGGUGGACUUAUUAUUGAAGGGAUUGAAGUGAGGCCUAAACAUUAACCAAAAUAUUCAAGAGUUCUUUCUCAGAGGGGAUCAUGCGUCUCUAAGGAUCAAGAGGCAACAGAUUGUUCAUGUCAAAAGAAUAGACAAAAUGCUUACGCUGUAUGCUUUUUUUUUUUUAAUCAAUAUUUUGAUUCUUUCA